AUGACCGGCCGCAGCUCCGCGGCCUGGGGGGAGGCGGGCUCGACCCGGAUGGAGCUAUUGGAGCGGCCCGAGGCGCGGGUGCGGGCGACCCUAGAGGAGGCGGCGCAGAUGACGGCCAAAGGGCUGCAGCUGCGCCCCGCGGCGGGCGGGGCCGGGGGCGGCGUGGCCGGCGGCGGCGGCGGCGACGGCGGCGGCAGCCGCGCGCGGGAGUGGGUCCUGAGCCUGCGGCCCACAGGUGUCAGCGCGGAGACGAACGCGCCGUGGCUGGGGCGGCCACUGAACCAGGAGGACAUUGAGGCCUUCUAUCGGCAGCGCAGCGGCCUUUCUGGGGAUGAGCCGGACGCGACCAAAAUUGGCGCGGCGGAUUGGUGGCGCGAAAACUUCAUCGAGUGCGUCAAGCUCAUCAUAAUGCAAGAGUGCGGCGCAGUCAGGUCCAAGUAG